ACUCGGAACAGGGACUUCAAGACUGUGAAUGUAUGGUUUCAGAACAGACGUCAGACUGGAAAGAAGAUCAUGGACCUCGCCGGAACCUCUCCCGAGACCAUCGCAUCUGCCCAACUCCUGCGUCUGUAUCAAACUCCUACCGUUGAGGCGGACUGUACGAGAAAGCGAAAGGCCACGGACGAGAACGUCCAUGCACCGAUUGGCGCCACCCUACUCAAGAAUCUUGCAGCUCUACCCGUGUAAUCUCAGAAUCCGGAAACCUCUCCAGCGAUACCAGGAACAUGUCAAGCGGACUUGGGCUGGCCAAUAUCCCGCCUCAGGGAUGCA